AUGGCCAGGACGCGUUCGCCGCCCUUCGCCAGGAGCUCGUCGUCGCGAGCUCGUCGUCGCGAUUCAAACCAACUACAGUCCGCUUGUUUCAAACGUCCAACGCAUGGACGCCCGUUCAUCGAGGAUUUCAAAGCAAACCAUCCUGCAGCGCACUUGUUGGCUGCACAGCUCGUUCGAUCGGAUUGCGACGUCCAUGCGGUCGCAACGGAUCCGAUGCUGGUCGACCAGGUGCGGCAGUUUGGCCUCCACACGCUCGAAGAGUGCGUGCGUUCGCGAUGGAACAGCUAUGACACCUCGCUCAAGGACGAGUUUAAAACUGGCGUGCUAGAGCUGCUUGCAACGGGAAUGCGUUCGAUUCUAAACGAGCCACUCUAUAUCAAGGAGAAGUUGGCGCAAGUGAUUGUCGAGCUGGCCAAGCGCGAUUGGCCCCAGCGUUGGCCGACCUUUUUCGACGAGCUUCCCGAACUGUCGAAAAUCGGACCAUUCCAAACGCUGGUAACGCUAAUGAUCUUGCGCACUCUGGCACAAGACACGAUGGAGUUCAACGACGAUUUGCCGCUCGAUCGCAAGCGUGACCUGCACAACGGCAUGGCUGCAGCCAUGGAUAACAUCUUCCCGUACUUUGUGGACAUUAUGACAACUCGGUUUUCCGAGUACUCGCUCUACAUGCAGUCCGGCAACGCGUCUCAACCCGAAGGCGAGAUUGCGUUGAUUCUCUGCCGCGCGGCAUUGAUGGCCAUUGCAGCGUAUCUGCCGUGGAUGAAGUCUACAGGAAGUGUCGCUUGUCGGUUGAUUCCUUUGCUUGCCUCCAUGCUCAACGCUCGCAGCGGCUUGGAUUUGGCCGUUACAGAGUGCUUUGGGGCGCUGGUGGAGCGACAUGUUUCGACGGCCGAGCGCAUGUUUGUUUUGGACAUUUUCAAUCACAUGGAUUCAUUCGCCGCUGUGCUGGCAUAUGCGAACGCGACUGGAACCAACGAAUCCUUUGUUCUCUUGAAGCGCGUGGGUCAGGUAAGUGAGAAUGGCGGUUGGUUGUUCAAAAGCGGCUCGUGUACUGACUUGGCGCAGAUUCUGUCGGCCUUGGCCACGGAGCAACUCUGCCCACUCAUCAACUCGGGUUGGAAGGUUGAAAACAUUACCUACGACCUGACACCGUACCUCGGAUUCAUGCUCGAGAUCACCAAUCAUCCCAGCUUGAUCCUGAGCUCUUUCACCAUCCCAAUGUGGCUGGCUGUCAUGCGUCACAAGGUCAUCCGACUUAAACCCGACUUUGUUGCGUGCCUUCCGUCACUUGUGCAAGCGUUGGGCAUGCGCUUGCGAAAGACCCCACCGUACAUUCACGAUGACUUUGACCGCGCGUCUGACCACGUGCAGUUCUUCAGCGUGGUUCGGAGCCGUACCUCAGAGGCUCUGCGUUUCCUGUCCGACCUUGCGCCUGAGAUUGUCAUUUCCACCUACGUGUUUGGACUGGAAGAGGUCAUGGCGAGCCCAAUCGAUGCGGGGAACGCGACGGGCCUCUGCACAUCCUCCUCCCCCAGCGGCAUCACCUGGGACGCAUUGUACUUGUUUGGAGAGAGUGUGGUGCGCAACUUUGACAUGCACGCGGCUCGCGACGCCAACUCUUCCGUGGGCUCUGCGCAAAUUGUCAACCAGCUGAUGCUGGCGCUCAAAGGUGUGACAGAAGAGCUGCUCAUGUACCAGACCAAUGAUCCCCACAUUCUUGGCAAGGUUUUGAGUCUUCUUGGCGUGCACGUUUGCAUUUUGCUGCAUGCACCAGAGCUCGUUCCGAUGCUUCUAGCAAAGAUCAUUGCGGGUGUGUCGUUCCGAGUCGAGCCUCUGCCUGCUCGCUUGGAUGAGGAGUCGUUGAUGGCUCGUCGCCGCGCAUGCGUUGCCCUUGUCAAGCUGUCGUCUGCGGCGCCCGAAUUGCUACUGCCACACUUUGACGGAGUUCUACAGCAAGUCCAGCAACUGAUUGCUGAUGGACAAGUGAACAAGUUUGAGCAAACAUUCUUGCUCGAAUCGCUCGUGCUUGUCAGCAACACGGCCAAUGAUGUCAACGCACAAGCUGGGUUCUUGGCCGGCAUUUUCGCGCCCAUCCAGCAACAACUCAAUUCGGAGACAAUGAUGCAGGCGUGCAGCUCUCCAACCGCCUUCCUCACGUUUCUGGGCUUGCUCAAUUCCGACUCGAGCCUGAAUCCGGAGGGGUGGCAUGUGUCUCAGCAAGGCUUGAUCAAUCGCGGCGAAUAUCUGACCAUCUUGUCCACGUUGGCUGCCGUGGCGCGGCGCAUUGCAGUGCCCGCCGACCGGCAGCAAGAUGUUCUUGCGUACUACACGAUGCUUUGUGGGGACGUUUUCAAGACAGCCGUACCGCAUUUGCUUGCCAUCAUUCGAACCCUUCAUCUGAUGUGGUCACCUGAAGCCAUUCCUGCGCAAUUGACGCCAUUGCUCGAGCCGAGCGAGAGCGAACGCGAUUCGUUGAUUGGCCUUGUUGCCGACGACGAAGAAGACACAGAUGACGAACAGCCCGACAGUCAGGCCGCGGACUUGGAUGGUUUCCGUCAUUGGCUGUCUUCUUUGCGCGAAGUGACAUACAAGUUGCUGGCGACCGUGUUUGAGAAAACGUCAGACAUUUAUACAGUCGCGAGCUUGGACCGAGUGCUGUUUUCUUCCAUCUUUGCUUACCUCGAGACGAUGCAAGUGCGGCACAUGCGAAUGAUGAUCAAGUUCUUCCUCGCGCCCAUCAACCGCCAUUGCCCGCCACAAAUGCAAGGGGAGGUUUUCCGGGCAGUGCUCCCUCCCAUCUUCAAGUACAUGCAGGGCCGCCUUUCCGCCGAGUGGGCUGAUUUGACCAAUCAAGUCACCAACGGCAGCAGCUCGCUCCUGAACGAAGAAUCUGAUGAGACGAAUUUGGAAGUCUUCCGCAACAAAGUUCUCCGUGAGCUGACUCGCGAAUAUAUCGAAUACAUGGGAAGAACCUUGUUCCCGCGAAACGAAGACAACACGGGCUUUAUGCCAUCCGACUUGGCCAUCGAGCUGUUCUCGCAGCCUGAGCUGGCCGAAACAUACCUGCGAACAUGCAUGCUUUGCAUUCUCUGCGGAGAUACGCAAGCUUGCCACCGUGCCGUAGGCUUUGCUCUUCCAGCAUUGCCGCUUGUGCUCAACCAGCCCGCUUUGGUUGAAUUCGUUGGUGGCGAGUUUUUCCAAACCGUGUUGCAGGGCAUGAUCAUCCACCCACAGCAUGGCGAUACCGAGGCCGAGCUUGCGACCUUGGCCGCCCGAACCUACGUUUUUACUUCCGACAAGACCAAUCGUUGCCGAGAGUCCCUUACUCUGUUGCAAGACGUGACAUUUGAUGCUAUCGCGGUAUAG